CGUGCGGUCAGUGCCAUCAAUGGAACAGCCAUAGCGUCUUUGCAUCUUCACUCUCGAGACAAGAUGCCCUUCCGUCGGCCACGAUAACGCUCCCCCGAAUUCCUACCAUGCCCUUCACCUCGCCCUUCGCGGCAUCGACUGCCAAGGCCGGCCAUGGUUCAAUUGAACUCUCGGUCCUCCCGCCGGACACGCCAGUCCUUCGCAAUGUCUCCUACCAGUACCCUCUCAAGCUCGUAGCACCCGACCCGCUUCCUCCACCCGAUAAGAGCACGGAUGCCGAUGCGCCGCGCCUCGUACACACGGUGUUCUUACUCACAUAUGGCGGGGGCAUUGUCGCAGGAGAUAGCAUCAAUCUUUCCAUCGGGCUCCAAGGCCGCGCAAGUCUCAUCCUGCUGACCCAGGGUUCGACAAAGAUCUUCAAGACGCCUGACCCUACUCUGGUAUCGCGGCAGCAUAUGACCGUGAGCCUAGUGCAAGGCUCUGCGCUUGUCUAUCUCCCAGAUCCAGUGCAACCGUUUGCUCAUACUGCCUUUUCGCAAUCGCAGAUUUACACUCUGGAGAAAGAGGAGGGCAGCCUUUGUGCUUGCGACUGGGUGACGAGUGGCCGCUCCGCCCGUGGAGAGAACUGGGAUAUCUAUGAGUACAAGAGCAGGAAUGAAGUCUGGACUGUCGGUGAGGCAGGAAAGAAGAGGCUUUUAUUACGCGAUAACUUAAUAUUGGACAAGCAUGGCCGAACAGGCUUGCAGCUCUCCCGGCGCAUGGACGGCUACUCUGUGUUUGGCACACUUAUCAUCCGCGGACCCGUUUUCGCCUCAUUGUCCCAAUUCUUCUUGGACGAGUUUGAAGCUCUGCCUCGCAUUGGAGGCAGGAAUUGGGGCGACGCAGCGCAACCGGAACUGACGCCCAGAGAGCAAAGGCGCGCUCAAAGACAGCAACGAGAGAAGGCUGACGGUCUCAUCUGGAGUGCGGCAAAUGUCCGCGGGUUCGUACUAGUGAAGUUCGCCAGCAGAGAGGUCGAAGGUUCGCGCAAUUGGCUGAGAGACAUGAUUAGGGAAGAGGGCUCCAUAUUGAUGGCUUUCGGAGAAAGAGCUGUGCUUUGCUUGAAGUGAGUUGGUAUCUUCGAGGAGGCUGCCUCGUCCUCCAAGGCAAGGAUGCCGACACCGCGUAUAAGAAUAAGGAGAUCUCGUCGCUCACCACCGACAAGGACCAGCUCAAGGUCUCGCUGACCGACAAAAGGGGAUUUUUAUUAGGCUAUAGAAUGGCUCUAUGGGAAUUAUUAGCCGCAUGGCUACUUAAGUGAGUGAUAAUGCUAGAGCACGGGUAGAAAGAUGCGCGCAGUAGUGGAACGGAACAGAAGCAGCAGCGUCGCCACAUGUUGGGUUCUUAUAGCGCCUACAAUGACAACGAGCUAU